GUGAUAAAUAAAAAAAUAUCACGAGUAUCGAAAAAAGAAGAAGAAUAGCGCUGUUACAUCUAGGAUAUUAUUUAAUUUAGCUUUAUGUUAUCUAAUAACAUCUGUAAUGGCUGUAUGAAUAGGAAGAUAUUCAAGUAUUCUUAAGUUAGAACAAUGGACGGCGGUGAUAGAAUUUUGGUUGCUGCUGGGCUUACGGCCGCGGUUGUUGUGGGGGCCUUCGUGCUGUGGGGUCCCGGAGGAGCACCCAAGGUCCGUAAGCGGAGAGGUCAGAUCGCGGGGCUCCAAAAUCUAGGACGAACAUGUUUUUUAAACACCCUUUUACAAGCACUGGCGGCUUGCCCUACUUUUAUAGAUUGGUUAAGAAAAUACGCGAAAGCUGAUGGCCAUAACAGUAUGAUAACUACGUUGUACACUGUUAUUGAAGUUGUAAAUGGCACCCACGAGUCCGCUCGCGGCACCCCCGUGUGCCCGCUGGGAGUGCUACAAGCUCUCAGAGCAGCGGGCUGGGUGGUGCCCGCCGACCAGCAGGACGCACAUGAGCUGCUGCAUGUGCUGCUCACUUGCAUUGAGGAGGAAAUUACUGCUAUGGCUAAGAAGCCAGGCUGUCUCUCGGACGCGCUCGGGCUUGGCGGCGGCAAGGCGUGGUCCGCGCUUGCUUCGCCCGCGUCGCCGCCGUCCGGGUCCUUUGCGCUUCGCCCCGCGCGACCCUCGUCUGCUGCACCACCCACUGAACCGGAUUUAGCUGAUUCAGAGGAGCCGGGUCUAGAACCGCCGCCGCUCCGCAAGGGCGUGUCCCGCUCGUUCUGCCACCUGAGCAGCGUGGGGCGGCGCUGGGCCUGCGCCCCCGCGCGCCCCGCGCCCGCGCUGCCCUUCCGCGGGACGCUCGCCACGCGCACGCACUGCACUGUGUGCUCCACUAAGAGUCCAAUCAGAUACGACAAGUUCGACAGCAUCUCUCUGUCAAUGAGCAACGCAAGCACGGGUGUGUCCGGCUCAUAUAGUUUAGCUGGUCUUCUCCGAGCAUUUACCUCCCCGGAGAUAGUUAGCGGGCUGCGCUGCGGCAAGUGUUGCCCCGAGGCGGCGGCCGACACGCCGGAGCACGCCUACACCAAGCAUAUACGCACGCUUAGCUUUGGGAAGUUACCCGCGUGCCUGUGCCUGCACGUGUCGCGCGUGGAGUGGCGCGGCGGCGGGCUCAGCAAGCGCGGCGAGUUCGUCGCCUUCCCCGAGACGCUCUGCAUGGCGCCCUAUAGCACGCUGCCGCCCAAACAGUCGGAAGGGCGGCCGCUAGUGGAGGGUCGCGUGCGCAGCGGGCUGGCGCUGCUGAACGCGAGCGGCGGGGCUGCGGGUGGCGGGGCGGGGGGAGCGGGGGGUGCGGCCGGGGAACGGGCGCAGUACUCGCUGGCGGCGGUUGUGGUGCACGUGGGCGGCCCGCGCUCCGGACACUUCGCCACCUACCGCCGCGGCAACGGGUUUGAGAGCAAACGAUGGUGGUACACAUCAGACACACUCGUACACGAGGUAUCCCUACAGGAAGUGCUCCGAUGUUCAGCCUACCUGCUGUUCUACGAGAGGCUAUCCGAACCUAGCACUUAUAACACGCACUUUUGAAUCGAAAAUGCCUGGAUAUUGAGGAAAAAUGCUUGUACUCGAUUUGGUAAGGAAGCUGGUUUCCGUGGAACACGUUUUGUGAUGAAAAGUACAGACAGGUGUUAUAUUUGUGAAUUAUAGAUUCUUAAAAUGGCUUGUACCUUUAAAUAAAAAUUAAAUCAAAAAUAAUAAAAAUCAGUAAAUGUUUUCGAAUCAUUCGGUACUACAAAAAAAUAUUGGCUAUUGGCCCGGCUGUUGUAAUAUUGAUGAUGUAUAAUUUCUUAGCUUUUAGAAAAAGUUUUGACUGGUGUUCAUAUUGUAUGUUCUUGGGUACAAAUGAUGUACCUGAUUCUUUGACACAUAUAGUUAUCUCGCUCUAACGCUGCGUUAGAGCAAGACGGCAUCAUUCUACGCUUUCGCUUAUAAAAGCAUCUUUUAUAUAUUUUGUAUUACCUCCAAUAUUUAAUGUACUUAAAUUGUACUUUUUGUUUGUAACUGAAGUUUUAUUUUGACGUAUUUUGUAAGCCUUUAAAAUAUUUACUUGGUGUUUAAAUGUAAUAGUUGUAUGUUUUAAUUGUUGACUGAAGGAUGAUGUGCCAUGAUGAAAAAUUAUGUGAUAAACUUAUAAAUACAUUUUUUGGUGUGGUAACACUUGUUUUUUGCGCCUGAUGUCUCUUGCGCUUUUGGCUGGUCUCCGGCAAGAUUAGCCACCAUGAAGAAAACUCAGCUGGGACUUUUGAAAAUUCUAAAUAAGUAUGAAUAUUUGUUAUCGUUGAAAAAGCCGAAAACUGUACUGCUUUCAAUGUAAAUAAAUAUUAAAAAUUAAAUGUGCCUGUUAAGGUUAAAUCACAUCAAAGGGUAUUUGUUCAUCGUAAAAAUAUUCCUGAUCUGAUUAUAUACUAUACUAUAUAAAAGUAUUGAUUAACAAAAACAUAUUCAUAUAAUAUCCUAAUAUGUAUAAAGAAAAAGACAAAUACAUCAUGAAAAAUACAAUUUAAAAACAAUAAAAAAUAAUUGAAAUAUUUAUAUAAAAUAUGGUUUUGUAAAUCAAUAAUUUGUUCUGUAAAUACGCACAUUUCAGCAAUUACUAGUCGUAAUCGUUUAAUAUUUGCCUUCCCAGGUUGUCUUUACCCUAUUUAAUAUGCCGGCCAUUUUGGCGCGAAAUGAAGUCUUUUAGCUGUGAAAUAUGAAUUGUAAUUGUAAAUAUAUUUCAAGAUUUUUAAUAAACAUAAUUCGUGUGAAACUAGCUUAUAGAAGAAGCCUUGGGUAUGUAUUUAUUCAAUAGUCCUUACGAUUGUAACUUUGCAUUUCGAAUCUGUGCAUUUUUAGCACUAAAUUUUCUAUAGAUUUCACCCUCUAUUUUCCUACACUCUUUGAUAAAUUUAUCCAUGUUUGAUCCAGCUAGAAUCGUUAAUGUAGAUAGGGAUUUGUGUGGGAAGUUUAACCUUGAAUAAAUAUAUAUAUCUUAUUCUCAACUUUGUAUGUAUAUUUUUCUU